UGUCUCUUAUAUCUUCCGUAGCUCAAAUUGGUUGCUCCGGUGGAUUUUCAUUCAGACAAAAAAUUUCAGCUAUCUUUGCUGAAUUCAGCAGCUUCCAAUGGCUGCCGCGAAGUUCAACAAGAAGAAGGCUGUGAAACGGGACGACCUUCCAUUGAAAGGGAAGAAGAAGGACGAGCUCUUCACACGUAAACGUUCUCAGGAGGAAGAUGAUGAUUCUGAGGUUUCGGAUGGUCUGGAUAUGGAAGAAGUAGAGAAUGGAGUGCUUGAUGGUGAUGAAGAAGGAUCGGAGUCUGGUUCUGAAGUUUCUUCUGAUGGUGAUGAUCCUUUGGCCGAUGAUUUCCUGCAAGGAAGUGACGACGAAGAGAAUGGUUCAGGCUCGGAUUCAGGUUCUGAUUCAGAUGAAGACAUCGAAAACAAGUCGAGAAUCAUCGAUGAAGAGAGGGCGAGGGAAGAAAAAGAUGCUGCGGAUGAAAUGCAGCUCAAUAUUAAAGAAGAAUCCGAUGAGUUCAGAUUACCUACCAAGGAGGAACUUGAAGAAGAGGCGCUUGGACCUCCCGACCUUUCAAAUUUACAACGGCGUAUAAGAGAGAUUGUUCGAGUUCUUACGAAUUUCAAGGCUUUGAGGCAGGAGGGAGCAACCCGUAAGGAUUAUGUUGAACAACUUAAGAAAGAUCUUUGUUCAUAUUAUGGGUAUAACGAAUUUCUUAUUGGGGUGCUAGUUGAGAUGUUUCCAGUUGUUGAGCUAAUGGAACUUAUUGAAGCCUUUGAAAAGCCUAGACCAAUAUGUUUGCGUACUAACACCUUAAAGACGAGAAGGCGGGAUCUGGCAGAUGUUCUGAUUAACAGAGGUGUUAACCUAGAUCCUUUAAGCAAGUGGUCAAAGGUUGGACUUGUUGUAUAUGAUUCCCAAGUGCCAAUCGGAGCGACUCCGGAAUAUAUGGCUGGUUUUUACAUGCUACAAGGUGCAAGCUCCUUUCUGCCUGUGAUGGCCCUUGCUCCUCAGGAAAAAGAACGAAUCAUUGACAUGGCGGCAGCACCUGGUGGUAAAACUACAUACAUAGCGGCACUAAUGAAAAAUAGUGGAUUAAUAUUUGCAAAUGAGAUGAAAGCACCAAGACUGAAGUCACUCACUGCAAAUUUACAGCGGAUGGGUGUGACAAAUACUGUUGUCUGCAACUAUGAUGGGAAGGAGCUCCCGAAAGUAUUAGGCAAGAACACGGCCGAUAGAGUUCUGUUAGAUGCCCCUUGCAGUGGAUCUGGAGUUGUAUCUAAGGACGAAUCUGUUAAAACCUCAAAAAGCUUGGAAGAAAUCCAGAAAUGUGCUCAGUUGCAAAAGCAACUUAUACUCGCUGCAAUCGACAUGGUCGAUUCAAAUUCAAAAUCUGGGGGAUAUGUUGUGUACUCCACAUGCUCCAUCAUGGUUGAUGAGAACGAAGCAGUUGUUGACUAUGCACUUAAAAAGAGGGAUGUGAAACUUGUGCCAUGUGGCCUUGAUUUCGGACGUCCCGGGUUUAUUCGGUUCAGGGAGAAACGUUUUCACCCAUCUUUAGAGAAGACGAGACGUUUCUACCCCCAUGUCCACAACAUGGAUGGAUUUUUCGUGGCAAAGUUGCAGAAAAUGAGCAACAAGAUUCCAACUGCUCAAUCUUCAGAAUUAUUGGAAGAGACCGUGGAAGAAGAUAGCGAGUCAGAGAAGAGCGGAAAUGAAAAGGAUGACGGCGAAUGUCUCCACCCGAAAGUUAGCGACGAGAGAAAGAGGAAGAAGGUUUCGAAAAACCACGACAAUGAAAAUGGCGAAGAAGAAUCCAAGCCCGCUGUCGAAAAGAGGAAGAAGAGAAAAUUUCCUUCAAGAGAGGAAAUCUCAAAAGCUAGGGAGGAAAAACGACAAGCUUUAAGGGAAAAGAAAACUGGGAGCAAGAAAGAGUAAAACCCUGAAAUCCAAUCAUUUGAGCGAUGAAAAACGACAAGCUUUGAGGGAUACGAAAACUGGGAGCAAGGAGAAGUAAAACCCAUAAUCCAAUCAUUUGAGGUACGUGUUAAGGAUCGAAUAGUCGAUAUACGAGGUAAAUCGAGCCACUAGAAGCCUGAUUCAACUGUGGAAAGAAAAUAUAGUAGUUCUUGUAUGAAAUGCCCAAUUUUGUUAGCUAAGAUUAUUCAUGUAGGAUCUUAUUGUCACACAUUUGCUUUAUAAUUUAUAUUUUUAUGAUGAAAUUUUCAUUCUUUUA